ACGUAAAAUGAUGAGGUUAUGUUAUUCUAACCUCUCUUCGCUCAGGUGUUUUUUACCAUUUACUUGUAUAAAACACAAAAUAUCCGAAAAUAUAAGGGGGUAUGUUCUGUGGUAUAAAAUUAUAUGGUUUUUGCUAGUAGUAUAUAGUUACAGGUUUAUAUAUUAAGUAUAAAACUUAAAAUGCGGUUCGCCCAGUUGGUUGUUGGCCCCGCAGGAAGUGGAAAGUCCACUUACUGUAGUGCCGUAGCUCAAUACGGAGCAGACAUGAACAGAAACAUCGAAGUAAUAAAUCUCGAUCCUGCAGCCGAACACUUUGACUAUACCCCUCUCGUGGACAUCAGAGAGCUCAUUCAAGUGCAAGACACCAUGGAAGAUGAGGAGCUGCAUUUUGGACCUAAUGGUGGCUUAGUGUUCUGCAUUGAAUACCUUUUGGAAAACGCGGACUGGCUUCGCACGCGACUUGGUGAACACGAAGACGAUUAUAUUUUAUUCGACUGUCCCGGUCAAAUAGAGCUAUACACACAUCUAACUGCAAUUAAACGGCUGAUUACUCUAUUGCAAGAUUGGAACUUUAAUGUUUGUUCUGUAUUUCUAAUGGAUGUACAGUUUAUGACUGAUGGAUCGAAGUUUUUAUCUGGAACGAUGGCGGCUCUUAGUAUUAUGGUGAAUUUGGAACUGCCACAUGUGAAUAUCCUAUCCAAAAUGGACUUACUUAGCAAAACAGCCAGAAGAAGAUUGGAAAGGUUCUUGGAACCGGAUUCACAUGCAAUUUUAGGAGAUAUUGAAUUGAAUGGACUUUCGGCCUUCAAUCUGAAAUACAAGAGCCUUACGGAAUCUUUCGGAAAACUGAUAGAAGAUUAUUCUCUAGUACGAUUCAUUCCAUUAAACCUGAAAAACCACGAGAAUAUGGGUGAUCUCUUAAUAACAAUAGAUAAUGUCAUACAGUAUGGUGAAGACCAAGACAUCAAAACAAAGGACUUUGAGGAAGAAGAACCUGAUGUAUUCGAAAACCUUACCAACGAGUGACUUGUUUGUUGCAUCAAAAAGGGUAAAUUUUGGUCUGUUGGGACAAAUACCAAGCCCUUAGGUACAUUUUUUCGUCGGAUUGCGAUGCUCUUUGAAAUUUAAAAAUUGCAAUUCAAUUAUUUACAAUAACAUAUUUAUUAUGUACAUCAACAAGAUCUAGAAGUACCUGGGCACUUUAAUCGAUUAAUCUAAAGGGGGCCACAGUAAGCUCACUUCCCCAUGUGCAGAUUGUGGUAACCACUCCAAAUAUUCUUGUAAUAAAUCUGAAAACAUACAAAACA